UUACAGUGACACAAAAUCCUUCAUCAACAAAUUUUUGCUAACAAAUCUGCACAAUCUACAUUCACAAUUCUGCAAAAUCCCUUCUAAGUUCUGAUUUUGGCAGAAGUUUCUUAUGGCUUCCACAAGUUCUACUUCUAUUUCUACUUUCAUCCCACAAAGGUAUUUUGAUGUUUUCUUGAGUUUUAGAGGUGAAGACACCCGAUUCAAUUUCACUGAUCAUUUUUAUGAAAAUUUGAUUCGAAGAGGUAUUCAUACCUUUAGAGAUGAUUCACUUGAGAGAGGGGAAGAGAUUGAACCUGAACUCCUAAAAGCUAUUGAAGAAUCAAGGUUUUCCCUAAUAGUUUUCUCGGAAAACUAUGCUGGUUCCAGAUGGUGUUUAGAUGAGCUGGUGAAGAUCAUGAAGUGCAAGAAAGAAAUGAAACAAACUGUGGUACCGAUUUUCUACCAUGUGGAUCCAUCCCUUGUACGAAACCAGACAGGAAGGUUUGGAGAGGCAUUUUCUAAUUACAAAGAAGAUACAGAAGAGAUGAAAGAGAAGGUGCGAAGUUGGAGGAGUGCAUUGACAGAAGCAACCAAUAUAUCUGAAGAGCAUGUGAAGGAUGGGUAAAGCUUUAUUAAUUUCCAUUCAACUUUCAUUUAUAAGUUUGGUUUUAUUUACUGCUACAGGAAUCAGGCAUUUUUAUAAUUAUAGUUGUAAUACCUGAAUAGAUUUGGAGGUCAUUUACGAUUGCGACUCAUGAAUCAAAGUAUAUCAAGAAAGUCACUGAAGACCUGCAAACCCAUGAUAUUAUGAGACGUGAUGAGGACCUUGUGUCUCCAUUGUGGAUAGGGGAUUGGUAAAUUAUAAUGUUACAUAUAACAUAGAGAGAGAGCUGCAAAUGAUAUCUAUAUAUGCACAACAGAGUGGGUCAUUACAAUAUGAUUUUGUUUGAUAUAAAUUUGCUCCAUGCUUAGCAGCCUAUAAAUGUUCCCAAAAAAAAAAAAAAUC